GCGCCUGUAUUUUCAGCCAGAACCUUUCUUUUUCUCUUUUGAAAAAGCUACAGAUCCCUCUCCUCGACAAGAUAAACUUGUUUUCUCGUUAGGCGCGAUAUAUCUCUUCUUCUUUCUCUCACUCGCACCCCCUUUCCUUAUCCGGCCCUGGAACCACAACGCAACCCUCAUUCAUACCUUCUGCUACUUCUUCAUAUAGAGUAUAUACACAACCAUAACGUAUUAACACAAAGAAACACCCCACCCUCCUUCUCUCCAAAAGCCUUUGCCGAUGCCUACAACAGCUAGGCUUAGUCAUCGUCAUCAACCGUCUACCACGUCUUCGACAUCGUCUACUUCGUCUUCGUCCUCUACACGACCUGCUCUUCAACGCAUCCUCACCAAUUCACCCUCCAAUGCCGUUCAUUUGUCCAGGAGCACGGCACGGACGUCGCGACGAGUACGAUCGCACUGGUUUAGCCAUUUUGCGUUAAAUUGGCGUCGAAGUUCACGUUCUUCAAAGUUAUUUCUUGCCUCCUCCAUGACGUUGAUGGCGGUGCAGGUGAUUGCAUCGAUCAUCGUCUUGACGUUUUCUUGGGAAAUGUAUUGCGACAAACCACUACGUAUAUUCAUCACAGUGUAUAUCCUGCGACUUGCACUCGCCUCUCCUCUUACCGUCUAUUUACAUCUGAUACCACGUCGCCUGCAGCAACAGCAGAUCUUACAGCAACAGCAGCAGCAACAGCCACAUUCGCAUUUACAUUCUCAACAGCAACAUUCACUGCAUAAUGCAUCUUUAUCACAGCAAUAUAAUCAUCAUCUUCAUCACCAGCAACACUCACGGCAUCAUCACCAUCACCGGCUAGUUAGCGCGGAGAACCGCGCCGAAGCAGGCGAAAUAUAUCCUAUGACUACCUUAGCAACACCCAACAACACGACCCGCGUCCCCACGACAACCACUAACGCCACAACAAAUGCAAACGCAACCACGAAUAAUAAUAAUACAACCUCUUCCUCCACCACUACCACCGCCACAGCAACAGCUACUACUACCUCCGCUCAUAUCCAGGCAUUGUCGUCACCCUCUUCCUCUGCGAUCGUCUCCUCGCCACCCACGCCAUCACCUCCCACAGCACCAGCAGCAUCAUUAAUGUCGCCACCCUCUUCCGAUCACCAGCAAUACUAUCAUCUCCAUCAUCAUUUCAAUCACCAGCAACAACAGCAGCAAGCAUCAUCAUUACCGCCGUCUGUCAUGGCCCAAGCUCCUCCACCGAACAUCAUGCAUCGUACGAGUCGACCUGAAGUUUUUAACCCACUUUAUGCAGAUACGACAUUAACACAUUGGAUUGAUCGAGCAAAGUCGGCAUUGGAUAUGUUUGGCCUGCUGUGGUUCAUAAUAGGCAACUAUAUGCUUUUCACGUCGAGCACUUGCUCCGAGACAGCUGUACCAUUAUAUUAUCUAUCGCUCGUGGUGAUUGUAUACAAUUAUCUGAUCAUUUCUGUACCGAUAUUCUUAUGUACUGCCGUCAUUUUCUGUCUUCCCUGUGUUCUUGUGGGAAUGCGUAUCAUUCAUGUAGAGGAUGCAGUGGAUAUGGGCGGUGCGUCAAGCGCAGAGAUUGCAACGAUUCCAGUCUAUCAAUUUAAAUCCAACAAAAGCACCACCACUUCACCGGCACCUGUGCCGAAUCAUCAUCCUAUCGGCAGUGGAGGAGCAGGAGGCGCCGAGGAAAUUGAAAUUCACGAAUUACCAUUAUCAACCACGACGACAAAACAAGCGAAAAAGAUGAUGGCGGGUGAACGCAUGGAACCAUCGUUGAGCUUUUUAGAUCAUCUUUGGGUUCGGUUAGGCUUUGUUUCUGACAAUGGUCAGCAGGAUCAACAAGAGCCAGAGUUCGAUACGAUCGAGAUUCCUAAUGAACAAGACCAAGUGUGUGCCAUCUGCUUAUCCACGUACGAUGACGGAGAUAUCUUGUGCCAAUUAUGGUGCAACCAUCACUUUCACCGUACCUGUGUUCAUGAAUGGCUAGCACUGAACAGCAGAUGUCCCAUGUGUAAACGCGACUGUAGGGGUAAACCCUAUCCAGAAGAAAGAAGAUCACCCUAACCGCUAUACGUACAGACACACCCGCAUAUAUAGUAGCAUACCAUAUCUUUUUGCCCUUUUCCUUUUGUGUGGUAGUCUCUUCUUGUUUAAUACACAUAUAUGCAAGUCUCCCACAUGUUGUACAGUACCAUAUACAAAGUAAAUUAUAUCAUUCCCCCGUUCUUUUUUUAAAAGUUAGAAAUACUACUAAGCGCU